AAUCGAUAAAUCCUUCCGUACUCUCCCUCUCCAAAUCGCCACGGGCGAUAGGGAGAGAGAAAGGGGAUCACCCACACAGCGGCAAAAGGCGAAACCCAGGGAUCACCCACACAGCGAGAGAGAGAGAGAGAGAGUGUGAGUGGAGGAGGAGAGAGAUCGAAGAGUAUGGGCGGCGUGACGUCUUCGGUGGCGGCGAAGCUGGCGUUCUUCCCACCUUCGCCGCCAUCGUACGAGGUGAUUACGGAGUCGGAGUCGGGGGUGGUCCGGCUCAACAUCUACCCUCACCGGGAGAACGUGGAGGUGCUCCGCCUCCCCACCCGGCGUGGCACGGAGAUCGUUGCCAUCUACGUCCGCAACCCCCUCGCCGUCUCCACCGUCCUCUACUCGCACGGCAACGCCGCCGAUCUCGGCCAGAUGUACGAGCUUUUCGUCGAACUCAGCAUUCACCUUCGCGUCAACCUCUUGGGGUAUGACUAUUCUGGAUACGGACAAUCAACUGGAAAGCCAAGUGAGCAAAACACAUAUGCUGAUAUAGAGGCUGCUUAUAAGUGCCUCAAAGAGAACUAUGGUGCCAAGGAGGAAGAAAUAAUUCUCUAUGGGCAAUCUGUAGGCAGUGGACCAACUGUGGAUUUGGCUGCUCGCCUGCCUUUCUUACGGGCCGGUGUGUUGCAUAGCCCUAUACUCUCAGGUUUAAGAGUAAUGUAUCCAGUGAAACGUACAUACUGGUUUGAUAUCUACAAGAAUAUUGAUAAAAUAUCAUCGGUCAACUGUCCUGUGCUAGUAAUUCAUGGCACAUCUGAUGAAGUUGUCGACUUCUCUCAUGGCAAGAAACUGUGGGAAUUAUGCAAGGAGAAGUAUGAACCGCUCUGGCUAAAAGGAGGAAAACAUUGUGACUUGGAACUUUUCCCUGAGUACAUCAAGCACCUCAGAAAAUUCAUAGCGACCGUUGAGAAAACACCUUCACAGAGGAGCACCUGGAGAAAAAACCCAGAUCAGUUUGAAUUGUCCAGGAAGAUCACUGAUUUCUUGGAACCACCGAGGAAAAGCGCCAGUCGCCGAGAAAAAUCAAAGCCAAGCACAGAUAAGUUGAGGAGCAAGGAUCAGAAGUCUUACAAUUUGGAUAGGUUGGCAAAACUGGACACAUCAUACGAUCAAAUAGAGAAGUCAAGGAGGAGUUUAGAUUACUUCAUUAAGUCGGGAAAGCACAUAGAUCAAAUCGAUAGAGGGAGGAGGAGCGUCGACAGAUUGGAUAGGAUUUGGGCUGGGUGAAGUGAACUUAUAACCUCUUUGUAAAAUGUACACACGGGUUUGAUUGUUGGGAAACUGUACAUUAGUUGGGGUUUACAAAUGAUAUAAUUGCUCGGAGAGAUGUUUAUUAUAGCGUUGGAUGGCUGUUGAAUGUGAACCUAGUCAAAGAACGCUUGUAGAUCUUGCUUAACGAUUUAUCACCUGAUCAUGGUUGACUUGUUUCUCUA